AUGCCGUUCAACAACGACGACGACGACUAUCGCACCGAAAAGAGCUUCGGAAGCGGGAGGAAGUCGCAGAGUUCCUACUAUGGCGAGUCCUCGAUUCACAAGGAUGGCCUCGGACGGCGGGUCCUCGACAGCUUCAAGCGCGACCCCAACGUAACCAUGACGCCCAAGGGGAGCGUGGGCUCCGACGGCAAGGUCUUCGACGUCGAAAGCGCCGCCGCGAACACGGCAAACUCACCGCUGGCGAGGAGACUGAAGGGCCGCCAUCUGCAGAUGAUUGCCAUCGGCGGGAGUAUCGGAACUGGACUCUUCGUUGGAUCUGGCCAGGUGCUCGCCGCCGCUGGACCAGCAGCGCUUGUCAUCUCUUACUGUCUAGUCGGUAUCAUGAUGUACUGCACAGUGCAUGCGCUCGGCGAAAUGGCUGUCCUCUUUCCUGUCGCCGGUUCCUUCUCAGCGUACUCGACGCGCUUCAUCGACCCUGCAUGGGGUUUCGCAAUGGGCUGGAACUAUGCCCUUCAAUGGUUGGUCGUAUUGCCGCUGGAGAUCGUCGCCGCAACCUACACCAUCAGUUUCUGGAACCACGGAGCCAUCAAUAACAAUGCCUGGGUCGCCAUAUUCCUAACGCUAAUUGUGGGAAUCAACUUGUUUGGAGUCAAAGGCUACGGUGAGGCCGAGUUCGUAUUCGCCAUCAUCAAAGUCGCCGCAGUCAUUGGCUUCAUCAUUCUGGGUAUCAUUAUCAACAUCGGCGGAGGACCCAACGGAGAGUACAUUGGCUUCAAGUACUGGCAUGACCCUGGCGCAUUCCACAACGGAUUCAAAGGCUUCUGCGGGACCUUCGUCAACGCCGCCUUUGCCUUCUCCGGAACCGAGCUAGUUGGCCUUGCUGCCGCAGAGACAGCCAAUCCUCGCAAGUCGCUCCCUACCGCGGUCAAGCAGGUCUUUUGGCGCAUCACCCUGUUCUAUGUCGUCUCACUUCUGAUUGUCGGCCUGCUCGUCCCCUACAAUACCCCAGAGCUCCUCCAAAAAGAGAACGAUUCGGACGCUGAUACCGUGACCUCCCCCUUCGUCAUAGCCAUCAACAAUGCUGGCAUCAAUGUCCUUCCCUCCGUCUUCAAUGCCGUCAUCAUGAUUGCCGUCCUCUCCGUCGGCAACUCGGCCAUCUAUGGUUCCAGCCGUACGCUCGCCGCCCUCGCGGAGCAGUCCCAAGCACCCAAGAUCCUCUCCUACAUUGACCGCCAAGGUCGCCCACUUGUCGCCAUUGCUGUCUCCUCUAGCUUAGGCUUCCUCGCUUUCCUUGCCGGUGCUGAUAGGAAGAAGCAGGUUGAGACCUUCAACUGGCUGCUCGCCUUGUCCGCGCUUUCUGCCGUGUUUACCUGGGCAUCAAUCUGCUUCGCGCACAUCAGGUUCCGCAAGGGCUGGGCGCUGCAGGGCCACACGCUCGAUGAGCUGGCGUUCCGCUCGCAACCCGGCGUCAUCGGCUCAUGGAUCGGUUUCGCCUUCAACAUGCUGGUCCUCAUUGCGCAAUUUUUCGUCGCGGUAGUGCCACUGGACUACAAGGAGCUAACCACCAAGAUGCGGUUAGAAGUGUUCUUCCAGAUCUACCUCGCGCUCCCCGUCACACUGGCUUUCUACAUACCGUAUAAGCUGUACUACCGCACCAGCUAUGUCCGCAGCUACAACAUGGACCUGCACACGGGCAUCCGGGAGCUCAACCUCGAGGCGCUCAUCGAGGAAGAGCGCGAAGAAAGGAAGCAAUGGCCAAGGUGGAAGAAAGUGUACAAAUUCUUUUGUUGA